AUGAGCAGUCAUGGCGGUCAUGGACGCCAGUACGGUCAGCAGCAGUUUUUCCCGCACCAACAAUUUCAACCCAACAACUGGACGACCACAACCCAGUUCGUGAACCGUGCCAAGCAGGCGGCUCUUCAACAGAGCGGAAACCACCAAUUGGCAGCCCUUUUUGCUGAUCCCAAUGGACGAGGCGGAGGUAAUGGAGGCGGAAGUGGCUCGAACCCUCCUAGCGGUUUUAUGCGUCCUCCGAUGGCCGGAGUGCGGAUGGGUAUGUGUCCACCGCCACAACAACAGGGAGGCAGCGGAAAAGUCAACUGUCAGUGCCCCACUUGCAUUGCCGGAAAUCCAUUCCAGGGUCCUCGACCCUUAGUCGGUCCGCAAAGUGAGGCGCCAAACCAACAAGGGGGAGUUAUGACUUUCACUUCGCAGCUGACGGGUUUACCAAUUCCUGAGCAUCCUUCAGGAUUAUUUCCUUCAGUAGAUUUUGUCAUGGUGCCUGCGACAGGAAAUGGCUUUGACAGUGGCUGGGAUUGCAGCUGUGGACAAAGCGCAGUACCGACAUUUAUGAGUGAACAUCAGCAACAAAUACCACCACCACCACCGAUGCAGCAUCAGGGACAACAACAACAACAAUUUGGAUGGAAUGGACCCAUGGAUAAUAGCGCCGGAAGGUGCUACUGUGGAGGCACUGGCAUGCAAAUGAACAGCCUCUUUUAA